GGAAUUAGUCAAAUUCGACGUACGAACUCGCUAGGAUCGUUUCCGACCAACGGGCGCGCGCUUAUUCGUGUUUUUGUACGAGAGUGUGUAUUUGUGUGUGUGCGUUUUGGCCGUUGUUGUUUACAACCUGAAAUUUUCCAUAAAAAUUUCCGCAAAGUUGAAAACUUUCCAAAAUUUACAUUUUUUCCUGGAGUGUAAAAAGGUGUAAUUUUGACAGUUUGGAGAGGGAGGUUUUAGUGAAAACGUAACGCUGAUAGAUGGGGGUCGUCCCCAACCAAAGCUGCACCGCAUUUGCAUAACGUUCAGCAAGUCGAAAGAUUAGUUGUGCCGCCCACGGAAAACGGCCUACGAAGAAAAAAGAGUAAAAUAAAGUUUAAGGUGACGAAACGACACAAACGUGGAAUAGUGCGCGAAACAUCCGUCAAAUCGGGUUUGACGGAAGCAGAGGAAACAAAACAAAACCGCGAACGUGGAUAGCAGAGCCAUCAAAGAGAAAUUUGUUAUCCAGCCAUCGAUCGCCACGAACGACCAAAAAUAAUUGCCAAACUCAGCUUAAUCGAAUUUCCCGCCCAAAAACGCGCAAAACCUAACCACGAACCCGACGAAAUCGCAAACGAAACAGAAGAAAUUAAAAAAUUACAGCUGCCGCCCCGCCACCUAGCGUUGACUAGUUUAAAGUGCUACGGCAUUGUUUUGAAAGCUUAGUCGCGGAGAAAUGACUAAAAGUGGCACCUUUUGUGUGUGAAUUUGUGUCUGUGUGUGUCGACAAAGGAAAGUUUUUAGCUAAAAGUGAAAUUUAAAUCGUCUAGGUCUAGCUGGUGCACGUUUGUAAUUAAUUAACAAUACCCGUGACUUGUGGAGGCACUCGCUGUAGACGCGCAGAACACAAUGCCAGGCGUGGUGACGCCAUCUUGAGCCCUCGAAACACAAUGCUCGAUCCGGAACUGUACGGUGGCAGCGGAGUGGACCAUCACCACUUCAAGAACCACCACCACCGGCACUACCACGGCGGGAUCGCCGUCGGCGGAGGUCACCACCACCACCGGCACACCCCGAGUGCCUCCUCGUCCGGAGAUCGCAAGUCCUCGUCGCGAUCCUCGCCCCGGUCACACUUUCACCAGCACGGCGAAGGCGAGAAGCUCCGUUACCAGAAUGCGUUCAGCUCGGGGGGUUCGGGAGCGUCCGGCGAGGGUUACUUCCGGUACUACCCGCACCAGCACAGCAGCUACUACGACCUCAGUGAAAAGCUGGACAGUCUGAACCUCAAGUCGGAAGGAGAGGGUGGUGAGCGGCGAAGAAACGACAGCAACAACAACCACAAUCACGGGCACAGUCACGGGCAUAACCACAGCCGGAGUGCGGAGAGGAGUAGCGUUAGUGUGAGCGUUAGCAACGGGAGUAGUGAGCACGGUGGGGGAGGAGGGAGUAGUAGAACUAGUGACGGAAGUGGUAGCAAGAAGAAGACGACGGUGGUGUACGUGGGGAUGGGAGGAGCCGGGUGAGGAGGGUGGUGAGAACCCAGACCCGGCAUAUUACGGUGGUGAGCUACUCGGGCCGGAAGCGGGAGUCGGAGACGCACACGCAGCAUCAUGCGACGGUGUUGAGGU